GAAGUUUUACUGCGGCCGCUAGAGGUGGAUGCAAAAACAAGAGUUGAGAGUGGGAUGGACUCAGAGGGCAACUAUCCCCAAAACGCUCUCAGGAGGUGAAAAAAAGAAGAAGAAGAAGAAGAAAAAUGCGAGCCGGGACAUGAGUGGAGUGCAACUCUUGUCUGUUCAUUUUUCUGACACAGUUGAACACAUUUCAUCCACUGGAAACUCCGGGGUUAUCCCUCGACUUAAUGGGCGUACCUCCGGUUUUUUUUUUUUUGCAUCACAGAGGAGUAAGGUGAGGGACAGGGUCACAGCUCCAUAAAUACUUGGUGUGGCACAGCAGAGACUUCUGGAUGGACCCUGGAGGAAUAAAAACCGGAGAGGAGCAGCGACUGUUGAUACCUAAUUUGUAGAAAGGGCUGAACACCGGGGAAAGUUGUGGUGCAUCUUCCCAAAAAUGGAAAAUCUAUGAUUCUGCAUUAGCAGAGAUAUAACUCCUUUUUUUUUUUUUUUUUUUUAAAGAGUGCGAUGUAGGUCAUCUUCAAAACUCAACAUUUUGUCAAGAUGACAGCGCUUUCACCUUUGCACCGUGCUGUAUUCGGACUCGCGUGGAGCUGCUUGAGUUUUCUGUCCUGCACUCAUUGCGGGUUAAGUGACAACCAUGUGCACUCGAGUUUUAUUUACAGGAGAUUGCGCAAUCACGAACGCAGGGAGAUCCAGAGAGAGAUCCUCUCCAUCCUGGGCUUGCCUCACCGGCCGAGGCCCUUCAGUCCCGGGAAGCAGGCGUCCUCGGCGCCGCUCUUCAUGCUCGACCUGUACAACGCCAUGGCCGUGGAGGAGGAGGAGGUCGGCCCGGGGAAGAGCUUCAGUGCCAAGGCUCAAGGGCACUCCAGGAAGGGUUACUACAGCCCGCAGCAUGCCGGGUACUCCCGCGUGCCACUGCCCUAUCGCGCGGCCCCUCUGUUAGGCCACAGCCCCGCGCUCACCUCAGCGCACGAGAACAACUUUCUCAAUGAUGCCGACAUGGUGAUGAGUUUUGUCAACUUAGUCGAGAAAGACAAAGAUUUCUCUCACCAACGGAGACACUACAAGGAGUUCCGCUUCGAUCUGACUCAGAUCCCGGAAGGCGAGGCGGUGACGGCUGCAGAGUUUCGGAUCUAUAAGGACCGCAGCCAUGCACGCUACGACAACGUCACUCUGAAGGUGUCCAUUCAUCAAGUCGUCAAGGAGUAUCAGAACAAAGACGCAGAGACGUUCCUGCUCGACUCCAAAAGAGUCCAGUCCUCCGACGGGGGCUGGCUGGUGUUCGACAUCACCGCCACCAGUAACCACUGGGUGAUGAACCCGCAGCAGAACCUGGGCCUGCAGCUCUGCGUGGAGACUGCAGACGGACGAAGUAUCAACAUGAAAUCUGCUGGAAUCAUUGGGAGGAACGGGCCUCAGUCCAAGCAGCCGUUCCUGGUAGCUUUCUUCAAGGCCAGCGGGGUGUUGCUUCGCUCCGUCAGAGCCGCUGGUGGGAAGAAAAAGAACCACAAUCGCAAUAAAUCAACCAAUCAACAAGAAUCAUCGAGGGCACCCAAAACUGGAGAUUACAACGUCAGUGAACAGAAACAAGCCUGCAAGAAGCACGAACUCUACGUCAGUUUCCGAGACUUGGGCUGGCAGGAUUGGAUCAUUGCACCUGAGGGCUAUGCUGCUUUUUACUGCGACGGCGAAUGCUCUUUUCCACUCAACGCACACAUGAACGCAACAAAUCAUGCGAUUGUGCAAACCCUGGUCCAUUUAAUGUUUCCUGACAACGUGCCAAAGCCGUGCUGUGCCCCGACCAAGCUCAAUGCAAUAUCGGUGCUUUACUUCGAUGACAGCUCCAACGUCAUCCUCAAGAAAUACAGAAACAUGGUGGUUCGGUCCUGUGGUUGCCAUUAGCAGCCGGCCCAGACUUUAAUUUAUGCUACCUGGUGAGGACAUCGCUGGAGAACACAUGUGCUGCAGCUGUGAUGUACAGUAUUAUGUAUAUAAAGUUUUACUACCUAAUUUAUUUUCUUCUUCUUUUUAAAAAAAAAAUAGCACUGAAUAUUGUUAUAUUUAAAUGAUUAGGGGAACAUUUUUUUUGAUUUUGCUUUGCAUCACUUAUUAUCUUUUGUGUCCAUUGGCAUAUACUCUCUCUUCAUUAGGUCUAUAUAUGAUAAAUUAUACGAGUUCACUAUUCACUGGAGUCACAAUACAGAAGACCGCUUCCCCCCCUCCCGGCUGCUCAUUUUUCCACUUUUUUACGACACACUUGUGUGACAAAUGCUCUCUUAACUCUGCAGCCGUCGUCAGUGUGUUAUAAUGUGUUUUUCUUUAAUGCCGACUGUAAUUCUUCUUAACAGACCAAUAAUUAUACACGACUGUUUUCAUUGUACGGCAAUAAACUUUAUUUAUAUUGUUAUCAUCAUUAACAUCACAGCUUUAAAAAGAGCUGUUGGAAAUCAAAUUAAGACUCCUGGAAAAUAAAUAUAGCAAGUGUUCUCAGUAUCUAAACCAAACUGCCCAAAGCUAUUUUCAAGCUGUCACCAUCUUUCAGCGCUGAUACUAUUUCACCUCUUCCAAGCACAGCUUCUCUCUCUUUUUUUUUUUGAGAAGAGGAUUAUGUCAGUCUGGAAUGAAACUCUUCCAUAAACACUGUUUUCUCACUUGGACUCUGCCAGAGCUGCAAAUGUUUCUUUACUUCACACUAAUUUGUGUGUUCUUUUGGGGAAAGUAUAUCUUGUACGAUGUUGUGUAUUUUAAUAAAUGUACCACUUGAAAAAAA